UCCAGACACCAUCAGUCUGACAUGACUCAGUAGUUGGAUUAUUACCACUGACCCUUCAAUGCUGAACAUAAAGACACCGUAUGCUGAACGUUGUUGUUGGCUGUAAGUACCUCUCUGUAGGAUCAUCAACCUGACAGAAAAGCAUGACAGGUGCUGUAAAGGUUUUCCUCAUAUGCUGUCUACUUCAAGGUAGCUUAUGCCAACAAUGGGCAGUCUUCAUGCCUGAGAGAGUAGAGGGACUAAGUGGAUCCUGUGUGAUCAUCCCCUGUACUUUCACCUUGCCCGCUGAUUGGGAGCAACACCUGGAUGAUUCGUGUAAAGCCAUUUGGAGGAGAGGCUGGAAUCGAGGGCAGGUGUUUGAUUCCAGCCUCACUGGAGCAAGUGCGGGCUUAAACAUUGUGCAGGGAAACCUGACCGGGGUCCUACGUGACAAGGACUGCACCACCAUCUUCAACAACCUGCCAUCGAACCAUUAUGACCGCUAUUACUUCAGACUGGAGUGUGAGAACAAUCUGAAGUACAGCUUUCACACAGAUGUCAUUAUCACCACUCAAGUCCCACUGCCCAGACCCACCAUAACUCCAUCCAGGCUGGAGGUAGAAGAAGGCACUCCAGUGAGGUUGAACUGCUUGGCUCUAGCAGUCUGUCCCAUUCUUCCUCCGGCUCUAACAUGGACCCCCAGUAUUGGUGACAUUGAGGAGAACACAGAAACCAAACAUGUGACCUCUGUUAUGAACUUUACCGCUUCUUACCUACACAAUGGACAGAAGCUCUUGUGCAGCGUUCUCUACAGCCGACAAGCUGGCAACAGUGAUCUUCUGUAUGAACAAAGUUUGACCCUCCGUGUUCUUUAUCCUCCAAAUAACACAUCAGUCAGUUUCUCCGAUCCUGUAGAAGAGGGCAGCUCUGUGACUCUGACCUGCAGCACUAACGCAAAUCCAGCUGUGGACAGCUACACCUGGUACAAAGUGGAUGGAGAUCAGGUCACAGCAGUGGGUUCUAAGAAGAGGCUUUCAACAACGGUCUCAGAAGUCGACAACCAGUUUUACUGCAAAGUCAGUAACAGAUAUGGAUCCCAGAAUUCAUCCAUCGCUCAGAUAGACGUACAAUUUUCUCCCAAGGACACCACAGUAGUCGUCGACCCUGAUGGUCCAAUACUGGAGGGCAGCUCUGUUACUCUGUUCUGUAGGAGCCGUGCCAACCCACCUGUGACCAACUACACCUGGUACAAAGAUGAUGAAGAGGAAAACGAGCCUGGAUCGAGCUUAGUUAUAAACGGCAUCGACAAGAGCCAUAAUGGUGACUACCACUGUGAAGCAAAAAAUGAGCUGGGAGAGGGAAUUUCAGCAGCGAUUCAGCUGGACGUUCAGUAUCCCCCUAAGAACACCACAGUUUCAGUUGACCCCUCUGGUCCAGUGGUAGAUGGCACCUCUGUAACUCUGACCUGCACAAGCAUCGCCAAUCCAGCGGCAGUUAACUUCACCUGGUUCAGAGUGGCUGGAAGAGAAAAGGAGAUGGUGGGCUCUGAGCAACACUUCAUCUUCAACGUGACCAAACUCUCAGAGGACCAGUAUUACUGUGAAGCUCUGAAUGUCCACGGAGCUGAAUGCUCAGAGCUGGCCAGUUUUGAUGUCACAUUUGCUCCAGAGAUCCUGCCUUCUUCCCGUUGCGUCAAGAUUUUAUCCCAGAUCCGAUGCACCUGCGACAGCCAGGCGAACCCUCCUCCCUCCCUGGUUUGGGAAUUGGCCGGGGAGCUUGUCAAUCACUCAGCUGACAUCCCAAUCAGGGAAGUUCCCAUGGGAAGUGUGGGCAUGAGGAGCCUUAUCACCUUGUACCGUCUGGAUGGAGACAUGCCCUCUUUAGUCUGCCUUAGCAUCAACUCACUGGGCUCAGAUAGUUUUGUGUUCAACGUGUCCUCCAGUGAAACUCAGCUAGGCCUCCAUGCUGUGUCUCUUUUGAUUGGCUCUGCAGUGGGAGCACUGGGGAUGCUGCUGGUGUGUGUCCCGCUGCUGCUGUUCUUUUGCAGGAAAAGGAAAGGCAGCCUUUCACCCGACAAGGGAGUUGUGGACACUUCAGACAUUUUAGUUACUAAUGAGACCAACUCUUCACAAGUGGAUGUGAUUUAUGUCAAUAAAGCCAUUCUGGAACAGGAUGGAGUAGUUGAGGAAGACUCUCUGCACUACGCCAAUGUGGACUUUGUUAAACUCCAGGCCAAGUCAGAGGGUAAGCUUGGGGAUGGGGAGAUCAAAGGCCUGGCCUCCAAGACAGCGGAGUAUGCUGAGAUCCGUCUGCACUCCAGAGGAGUUAACGGAGGAGACAGAAAGGAAGAAGAGACAGUUGCUGAUACUCACUAAGGACAAAAGAAAUCAGUGAAAAGGUUAUGGUUUAACUUUAGGGGAAAUGAUAGCUGAAACCGCUACAGGACUUUAAAAUGACCCACUUCAGUUUUUCGCCCAGCUGAGCAGAACAACAACGUAAAGUCUGCACUGCACUGCAGGCAACCUUAUUUAAAGUGAGUAAUGUCACACUUUUAUUUGUCUCUUAACUAAAAAAAUGUCUAACAAAACAAAAACACCAUAAAAAAUAUUUAAUUAGGUAGUUAUCUCGUGAUACAGAUGACAGAGCUAAUCUGCACGCUGAGGAUGAACCUUUAACUUCCCCAUAAUCAGCCAUAACAGUAAAUGUUCCCUUUACGCUCAUUACUUUUAUUCUUCUUUGUUAUUUUUAAUAUGUCCAUGCUAAUGUUUUUCCUCUCUGUUAAUUUGUCAUUUACAACCUUUGUGCAGAGUGAAAGAAGCCAGUACAUGAGUGACAUACACUUCAUGGAUAAUUUUUUAUUUGUUUUUUUGUUAAAACACAUAAAUCUGUUUGUGCCAUUCUUCCUGCACUUAGGUUGGAAGUCAUACAAGAGCUGAAGUCAAAGCAUAUUAUAAAAAAUAGAGCAUUAUGCAUUCAGCACCUUCUUUCAACAUGCAUAUAUCAGGAACAAUCCUCAGUGAAGCAACUGUUGCACAGCGUCACAACAUUACAGCCAUGUCGCCUUGCAUUUAAGCUUGCUCACAAACAUCACAGUAUUGUCAUUAAAUCUUUACAACUAUGUACAUUUGCCCACACAUAAUACAGUUUGAAUAAAAGCAUGUCAAAAUUGACCCUUAUUUUUUAUUUUAGGGGCCAUGGGUUUGGAUUGAGCUCAUAACGUUGGUCACUUUUCUCCCUUCUGUUUGGUACUGGUUACUGCAGUAGAAAAACAAUAAUGUAAUGUAAAAGCAAUACAGUGGAGUGAUAAAACAUUUUUAAUAAACAAAACCUGAUGAUUGAUUAUGAA